AUGACGGACAGCCCUAGAAGCCUUAAACUUACAGUUGCCCAAACCCCUUCUGCCAGGGGUUCAGAAGCGGGGGCCCCUACCCAGGUGGUGCAAUCGUUGAGCCUGGAAGACUGUCAAGCUUGGUGCGUGAAGGAGUUCCCUCGUUGUCGAGGUGUUGAAUACAGCCAGGGCCGCUGUGAGCUCUGGACCAGGCCGGAAGGGAUCUUUCUCACCAAGAGCGUCAGUGGCUUUACUUGCAUGCGCUUUGGAUGGGUGGGAAGCUUUCAGCUGAUGGGUGGCGGUGACCGAGCCUGCCGCGGCUAUCAUCCCGGGGACAACAGCGAUAGCAACUAUGUUGUCCACUGGCGAAUCUCCUUCGAGGAAUGUAAAGCAAGGUGCAUAGCGUCUCGUCCUGUUUGCUCCGGCUUCGAGUUCACAACCGGCCGGUGCGAG